CACACAAACUAGGGUUUCUCUCAUCUCUCAUUUGGUCUGCUGCUCAUCCUCUCAUCCUCUGCUCUCUCUUGCGGCGAUUCAAAAACACGAAGCGUUUGAUGAAGAUAUCACCAGAUUGGUUCAGAUUUUGCUAUCUUCGGCUGCUAUUGAUGGUGGUUGUCUGGUUAAGUUGGCCAUUCCGACCACUCGACAACCCUAAGGGUUUUCUUUCACUAGACGGCGAUGUAUUUUCCGGCAUAGUGACACAAGAUCGAUUCGACUUCUCGGGUUUCUUUCUCCAGCGAUUCCGACAUUAGAUCUACUGGGUUCAGCUUCUCGGAGUAAUUGAAAGAAGUCACAAGAAUGUUAGUGCUUUUUGAAACCCCAGCGGGUUUUGCCCUUUUCAAAGUACUCGAUGAACGAAAGCUUUCCAAAGUCGAUGAUUUGUGGAAGGAGUUCUCAUCUGCCGACACAGCCAGACAGGUUGUAAAGCUAAAAGCUUUCUCAAAAUUCGAGAACACAUCUGAAGCGUUGUCAGCCGCAACCCUAUUGGUUGAAAGCAAGCCCAACAAAGGUUUGCGUAAGUUCUUGCGUGCUCAUUGUGACGGUGAGUCGUUGGCUGUUGCUGACUCCAAGCUUGGAAAUGUUAUCAAGGAAAAACUGCAAAUAGACUGGGUUCACAACCAAGCUGUCAUGGAGCUUAUGAGGGGAGUAAGAAGUCAAUUGACAGAACUCAUUACCGGUUUAGGUGCGCAAGAUCUAGCGCCGAUGAGCUUGGGUUUAUCUCAUAGUUUGUCUAGAUAUAAGCUUAAGUUCAGCCCAGAUAAGGUAAUCUUUUUUUCAUUCGUUAAUAAUUAUAUUCGAUAUGAUGCUCUUGGAGAUAAUCAAGAUAAUUCUAUGGGGGUGGAGAACCGGCUCAAGCUUGAAGCAAGAUUAAGAAAUCUUGAAGGGUGGGAACUUGGGUGUUCUGCUGGAUCAACUAAAGGCAAACCGAAGAUUGAGGCUUACAACAAAGACUUCAAGAAAGGAGAUGGAGCAAUGAUCACCCCUGCAUAGGCUCCGAAGAAAGGCGUGAAGACUGUUGCAACUAAGAAGAAAACGGUGGGAAGCUUUGAUGCUGGUUAUGGGAGUUUCAUUAUGUCAAGAUUGGUGGGACCUAAAAAGACUCGUGAGAUGUGGUUUUUGGCAUGGUUCUACACUGCUUAAGAAGCGGAAAAAAUGGGGUUGAUUAACACAGUAGUCCCUGGAGAUCAUAAGAAACAGCCCAACUGCCAUUCGCGUGCUAAAAGCAGCCAUAAAUGCAGUCGAUGAUGGGCAUGCUGUACACCAGGAACUAGGUGGAAAUGCAACUCUCAUUUUCUAUGGAAUGGAAGAAGGCAACGAGGGAAAGACAGCUUACAUGGAACGCAGGCCUCCAAACUUUUCUAAGUUUCCCCGGCGACCAUAAUUUAUCAAAUUUUGUUGAAUAAUAUUACAAGCUUUUGUGGCUUCAUUUUUGUAUCCUUCUCUGUACCCGGAAUAAGAGGUAAUGAAAUUUAUUUGGUAUUCCGUUAAAUACAAGUUAUUCAUGCAAUUUA